GAACCGAGAUCCGACGGUGCAGAUGAAAGGGGGGCAGCAUGGUAUAGCAGUUGAUAGUGGAUAAUCCUCUCCGGCCCAAAUCCGCCGGCCCGCCGCCUCCUGCUCCUCGAAUCCUUAGCCGACGACGGCCAUGCUCUCCGCCGCGACGACGACCAUCCCCAGGCUCCGCUGGCCUGCUCCGCGGCGGGGCCAGUCGGCGAGGAACCAAUGGUUGCUGCUGCGGCGGCGUUCCCUCUCCUCCUCCCCUUCCUCAGCCCCUUGUGUGACACCGGCGGCGGCGGCGGGGAGUGGUGCUCUCGAGCCGCCGGACCUGCCCCGCCUCGCAGACUCCGCGCGCAUCUCUCUCUCGCCGGAGGAGGCUGAGGAGUUCGCGCCCAAGAUUCGGCAGGUGGUGGAUUGGUUUGGGCAACUUCAAGCUGUUGAUCUUGAAUCUGUUGAGCCGUCACUUAGAGCUGGUACUGCAGGAGGUAGUUCAUUGAGAGAAGACAGGCCUGAAACAUUUGAUAACAGAGAUGCCAUAAUAGAGGCUGUCCCAAGCUAUGAUGAUCCAUACAUCAAGGUGCCAAGAGUUCUGAACAAAGAAUGAUAUGUAAUUCGUAGAUCAAAAUUUUGAGGUGUUUGAAAUUCUUUUUCCUUUGUACAAUGUAGCAUGAUUUAACAAUAAAAUAUGCAAGUCAAACUAUAGUAUCAUCCUCGACUGAAUGGUAUGGCUCACGAUCAAAGGGUCAACAUUUGUAAUUUGUUUACUAUAAAAACAAUUUUUUAACAUCGCAUCAUAUUUUCAGACUAAAA